GGUGGGGCCAGCCCCGCAAACCUGGGCUCACGCUCCUUACUCAGACCCGGUCCCCCGCGUUUCCCUGGCACUUAAUGGGGGGACGGUGUUAGGGCCUGGGCCUGAGCCCUGUCCACCCCAAGCUCCUGCUGCCCAGCUGUGGGAGGUCGGACCCCACUGUCUCAACUCACACCUCAGGAGCCCCCUUUUCUACGCGCACACGUUCCGGCACGCGCGCACACACCUCGGACAUUCCCAUAGUGCCUCACGUGACACACGGCCCUGAACGUGCCCACCCUUCACACACGCUCACGCACGCGUGCACACACGCGCACACACAAACACACUCGGUCUCGCGGCCACUUCCCAACUCCAUCCCCGACCCCCACCCGCAGCCCCGCCAAGGCACUCAUUGACUGUGACACACCUACACUCAUUCACAGACACACACACUUCCCCCCACACAUGCCAGCCACAGACACAUUCAUAAACAGGGCCGGGAGAAGUACACGCGCACCCCCUCGCCUACUCUUUCUGGAGCCCUGAGUCAUUCCUGCCCCCUGCCAGAGCUCCCCAUUUCCCAGUGGGCAGGCACAGGGGCCGGGCUCGGGAAUUCUUUGGCGGCCCUCUUCUCCUGAGCCCCCGCCCUCUCCCAGAGCCCCCUUCCCCUGUGUUCUCUCUGACACUCAGGCGACGACUUCCUGUGGGUCCCAGGUUAGGGUGAGGAGGGCCUGGAGGGUUGCCACAGCCCCAGUGUGAGUAGGGGAGGCACUUCCUUUUCCUGAACUCUGGGAUCCUGCAGGAGGAAGCCGGGAAGUUGGGCGGGGGCCUGGCAGAGGACGUGCUAACAGUGGUGGGGCUGACCCUCCCAGAAGCACUGGGCCUUCCUCAGGGAGGAGCCAGGGGUGCCAGAGCCCUGGGAUGAGGAGCUUGGCAGAGAGGAGGCCCGGGGGGGGCCACGGCCCAGGACCUUGCCAUGGAGUCCAUGUUUGAGGAUGACAUCAGCAUCCUGACCCAGGAGGCCCUGGGACCCAGUGAGGUGUGGCUGGACGCCCCUGGAGACCCCUCGCUGGGGGGGGACAUGUGCUCUGCCUCCCACUUUGCCCUUAUCACAGCCUACGGAGACAUCAAGGAGCGGCUGGGGGGCCUGGAGAGGGAGAAUGCCACACUCCGCCGCCGCCUCAAAGUCUAUGAGAUCAAGUACCCGCUGAUCAAUGACUUUGGAGAGGAGCACGGCUUCUCUCUGUAUGAAAUCAAGGAUGGCUCCCUGCUCGAGGUGGAGAAGGUCAGCCUACAGCAACAGCUCAACCAGUUCCAGCACGAGUUGCAGAAGAAUAAGGAGCAGGAAGAACAGCUCGGGGAGAUGAUCCAGGCUUAUGAGAAACUCUGCGUGGAGAAGAACGACCUAGAGACAGAGCUGAGGGAGAUGAGGGCCCUGGUGGAGACCCACCUGCGGCAGAUCUGCGGUUUGGAGCAGCAGCUGCGGCAGCAGCAAAGCCUCCGGGACGCAGCCUUCCCCAGCCUGAGCCCCCCACCUGCCCCUGCCCCGCCUUGUGCUGAGCUGGACCUGCACUACUUGGCCCUGAGAGGGGGACCUGGCUUGAGUCAUGCAGGCUGGCCAGGCCCCACACCGAGUGUGAGUGAGCUGGAGCGGCGGCAGCUAGAAGAGGCUCUGGAGGCUGCCCAGGGAGAGGCCCGGGGGGCUCAGCUUCGGGAGGAGCAGCUGCAGGCUGAGUGCGAGCGGCUACAGGGGGAGCUGAAGCAGCUGCAGGAGACCCGGGCCCAGGAUCUGGCCUCCAACCAGUCAGAGCGGGACAUGGCGUGGGUGAAGAGAGUUGGAGAUGAUCAGGUGAAUUUGGCGCUGGCUUACACGGAGCUGACAGAGGAGCUGGGCCGGCUUCGGGAGUUGAGUUCCCUUCAGGGGAGGAUCUUGAGGACUCUGCUGCAGGAGCAGGCCCGGAGCGGUGGCCAGAGGCACUCCCCGCUGUCGCAGCGCCACUCCCCGGCCCCCCAGUGCCCUUCACCAUCCCCGCCUGCCCGAGCGGCGCCCCCGUGCCCCCCGUGCCAGUCCCCCGCCCCCCAGCGCCGCUCACCCGGGCCCCCGUGCCCCUCGCCCCAGCAGCGCCGCUCGCCGGCCUCGCCCUCCUGCCCAUCGCCUGUCUCGCAGCGCCGCUCGCCGGUGCCGCCGCCGUGCCAAACCCCCAGCCCGCAGCGCCGCUCCCCGGGGUCCCCCGCCUGCCCGGCCCCGCAGCCCCGGCCCCCGCCGCCCCCGCCGCCGGGCGAGAGGACGCUGGCCGAGCGCGCCUACGCCAAGCCCCCCAGCCACCACGUGAAGGCCGGCUUCCAGGGCCGGCGCAGCUACUCGGAGAUGGCCGAGGGCGCGGGCUACGCGGGUGCCUCCCCGCCCUGGCUGCAGGCCGAGGCCGCCACGCUGCCCAAGCCGCGGGCCUACGGCGCCGAGCUCUACGGCCCCGGCAGGCCCCUCAGCCCGCGGCGCGCCUUCGAGGGCAUCCGGCUGCGCUUCGAGAAGCAGCCGUCGGAGGAGGAGGAGUGGGCCGUGCCCGCCAGCCCGCCCAGCCCCGAGGCUGGCACCACCCGCUGCGCCUCUUUCUGCGCGGGUUUCCCCGUCCCGGAGUCGCCAGCCGCCUACGCCCACGCCGAGCACGCGCAGUCCUGGCCGUCCAUCAACCUGCUGAUGGAGACAGUGGGCUCUGACAUCCGCAGCUGCCCCCUCUGCCAGCUGGGUUUCCCUGUCGGGUACCCGGAUGAUGCCCUCAUCAAACACAUUGACUCCCACCUGGAGAACAGCAAGAUCUAGGGUGCCUCUCCCACCCACUGGCUGUUUCUUUACUGUCUCCCAUCACCCCCAAACACUCACUCACUUUGAAUGCUGCAUGAAUCUCGUGGGGGGCCCCUGCCCCUUGCGACCCCCAGAUACCUCCACUAGCUACUGAGUCAAUGUGUGUGCCGUCUUCCCUGGUCCAGGCACCACUCAGCCCUGGCUCUUGCCGGGAGAUCAGCCAAGGCACUCCCCAGCAUCCUGGCUUCCGCUGGGAGGUAGGGAUCUGGGCUGGGAUGGGGAGGGGCAUACCCCACCCCAGGCUCUUCUCUGCUUUUCUGUUCUCAGAUAGGGUUGGAUCCAAGAGGGUGAUUGGGCCUGGGGAGGCGGAGGAUAUCAGAGGACUCCAGGAGCUGCCCCAGCCCCUCUCCCGAUGUCCAUCUUUUUCAGGCUGUGCUCUAUCUGGGGAACACCUCUCUGUGGGGUCCCAGAGCCUGCCCUGCACACUGAUGCCAGUUCCUCCAUCCCGUGGCCAGCUCAGGGCUCAUGGCUUGGGCCUCCACUGGGGGAGGGAGGCAUCUUGUUUCUUGCCAUUCCCUGCAGGCUAGCCCUGUUCUCCUCCUCUGCCCACCCUAGGGAGUAGUGGGGGGUGGGAGAGGAGAGGGAGGACCUUGGAGGACUGGGAAGAUCUAGCCUAAAGAGGCUGCCCUGAGGGCGGGGGGCCCUGCACCAUGACCUUCAGGCCAGGGGACUAUCUGUGCCAGCCUCCCAGUCCCGUGCCCUGCCUGAGCCCCCCCCACCUCCCUGCCCGAGCCCCGGCACGGAGGCACAGAUUAUUAAGGCAGAUGCUCCCCUCCACCCUUACCUCCCUUGAGCCCCUGACACCACAGGUGCCCUGGAGCCCAGGUGUGACUCAGCCUCUGUUAGCUGGGUGGGUGUCAUCAUCCCUGCCUCCCAGGCCAGAACCUGAGGAUGGGCCCGGGGUGCUGUGGAGAUCAACUUCAAAAGAGCUAAUCCCCUUCCCACGCCCCAGCGACCCACAUUCCCUCUGUGCAAUCUACCUCAGAGUCGUACCCUCAGAAGGACGGGUAAGCAGGAGGCCAGGGGGUCCCCAGGGCUGAGGUGGGGAGCUUCCUAUGGCAAGAGCCUGCUGCCCCACGAUGACUCCAACUCCCUCCACUGCGAGCCUCUCCCAGGUCUCAGUCCCGGGCAGGGAGCAGUGGACGCUACUGUCAGUGCAUGUACCAUUCUGAUCCAACUCUUCCAGGCCCCCCACCUCCUCACACCCCUCCCCUCCUCCUCAGUGCAGGGGAUUAAAGGGGUGUGUCAGGCGGGGAAGGGGCCAAGGACUCCAGAGACACAUGGCAUUGUACCUUGUGUGUUCCCCCUGGGAGGGGAAGUGGGGAAGGGGGACUGGAGAGGGGCAA